CCGCCGUGAAACCGGAAGCAGGAAGUGGAGCCGCAGCUCGUCGUUCUGUUUGUCCCGAGUUCUCAUGAAAGUUGUUUUCUUCAGGAGAAAACGUCCGAGUCGUUAGUUUCUCUGAGUGUGGUGAAGUUCAGACUCAGUGAACCGAUGAGUUUCUGUCUGAACUGAGCAGCGACUCGGUAGCUUCAGUAGCCGCUUCGCCCCCGGACUCCCGGCGGCGACACGCAGUCACGGAGCUGCUUCUCUUCGGUGAGUCCAUGGUCCGGAAAAGGAACCGGGGUCCACCCUCGAUGGGACCGCCAGGCGAUGACGGCCCUCCGUUUGACGUGGGUCCACCUGGGUGGGGCCCCGCUCCGCCGGGAGGCUGGGGCCCCGCUCCGCCGGGAGGCUGGGGCCCCGCUCCGCCGGGAGGCUGGGGCCCCACGCCGCCUGGAGGCUGGCCCCUGCCGCCAGAAGAGUGGGGCGGAGGAUGGGGACCACUGCCUGAAUGGGGUCCGAGGGGGCCUCCGCAUCCCGACUGGGGACCGAGAGGACCGCUGCCGGGCUGGGGGCGUCAUCCCGACGACUGGCUGACUCCUCCGAACUGGGGUCGCCACCCCGACGACUGGAGGCCGCUACACCCCGACGACUGGAGACCUCCGCACCCCACUGACUGGGGCCCCGACCGGCCUCUCCCUCCUCCCUGGGGACAUCCGGGCUGGGGUCCCGAAGGCCCCCCAGAGCAGUGGGGGCCGGAGGCCGGUCCACCUGGACCUGUGCCUCCUGUUCCGGCUCCCGUCAUGCCUCCUCCACCUGUUGCGAUUCCUCCUCCGGACCCCGCAGCCUUCAUCCCGGUGGCCGUGCCCCCCGUCCCUCCGUUCGGGUUCCCGGCAUUCCCCCCUCCCGGCUGGUCAGGAGAGCCGGUCGUGGAGGAAGUGAUGCCGAAUCCGCCCCCCGACCAGCCGGAGUGGAUCAAAGCGCUGAUUUCAGCUCCGGUCCCUGAGUCGACUCCAGGAGACAGUAAAACCCCCACAGAGGAGGAUUCUGUCCCCAGAACAGCUGACCCAGCCCCAAAACCCAAACCCGAACCCGCCAAGGCCAUGGGCCUGCUGGGAAAACGCACAUAUGAGAAGCCUCCUCCGGGUCGGUCCACUGGGAUCAUCUCCUUCAUCGGGCCGACGUUCGGCUACAUCGAGAGAGAAGACUUGGAGAAGUUCACCUUCAGAUUCGACGCCUUCUUUGGGAACCCUAAGGCCAUGACCCCCGGGGUCAGAGUUCACUUCACUGGCUGCAAGGAGAUGAACAGUCAGAUCGCGACGGAUGUCAAAGUGGCUCCGGGCGGGACGGAGAACGUGGACCCGGAGAUCUACGAGGCGAUUGUCAGUCAGCCCAUCGUGGAGCCGCAGCGCGGCGAGCGUCAGUUCCAUGGUCAGGUGGUCGUGAACAUCGGGCUCCUGAGGACCAACGUGCCAUUCGACAGGAAGGACAGUUCAGUGACGCUGCUGAGGAACGACCACGUCCUCAUCAACCUGCUGACGGACAUUGUGUCCGAGAAAAAACGGGCCACGAACAUCAAACCACAGAUCCCUGCCACCUUCAGCCACACGGAGGAGGCCCGGCAGCAGGGCAUCAUCACCAGCCUGAGCGACGACAGAGGCGUCAUCAAGUCGGUUGAACUUGGUGAACUUCCCUUUGACGUCAAAGAAAACUUCAGCGAAGUCGAGUUCACAGACGAGGACGUGAACGUGGAGGUGGAGUUCACAGUCGCCACGCUGAUGUCAGGGAAGCGAGCGAUCAGGAUCCGGCGUCUGAAGGAGCCGCUCCUCCUGACGCUCUCCAACGCCACAGAGGAAACCGAGAGCGGGGACACCAACGGCGUCGCAGACGAGGCGGCAUCCAAGUCGCACAGAGGGAAAUCGAACACCCCUCUGGACGUCAACAUGAGACUGGACACAGAGCUGUACGAGGGCAUCGUCAGUCAGCCAAUCAUCGAGCCCACGCCCUUCAUGGUCGGCUUCCCGGGUCAGAUCCACGCCAACAUCGGCCCCUUUAAGACCAACGUGACCUUUGACCACCGGGACUGUGGUGUGACGCUGCUGAAGAACGACCACGUGUUGAUCAACCUGCUGAUCGACCGGACGACUGGGAAGAAGAGGGCGGCGAACAUCAAACCCAAGAUCCCCUUCACCUUCUGCUACACCAAAGAGACCAGAGAGCUGGGCAUCAUCACUGUUCUCGGCGCCGACGAAGGCAUCGUCAUCUCCGACGACCACGGCGAGCUUCCCUUCGACGUCUGCGAGAACUUCAGCGACACCGAGUUCAACGGAGGCGACAUCCACAAGCAGGUGGAGUUCACCCUGACCACGGUGGAGUCGAAGAAGAGAGCGAUCAGGCUACGGAGGAUGAAGAGGGUGGAGGACCAGAUCCUGGAGGAGCAGAAGAAACGGGAGGAGGAGGAGAAGAAGAAGAAGGCGGAGGAAGAGAAGAGGAAGAAGACGGAGGAGGAGGAGAGGAAGAAUAAGGAGGAGGAGGAGCGAGAGAGGGAGGCAGAGAGGAAGAAGGAGGAGGCAGCGGCAGCGUUGGCGGCCGCCAAGGACAAGUGGACGCCGCUUGGCUUCACCACCAGACAUCCAGGAUCCAUGGACGACAUCAGCAAGGAGCGGUUCCAGGGCACCGUCCUCAAGGCCAUCUCCAAGCAUCCUCGCAAGGAGGUGAAGAAGGAGGCGGAGGAGGGGCCGAGGGGAGGCGGAGCUUCUGAGGAUGCACAGGUUCUCCUGGGACAGGUGAAAAUCAAAGUGGAGAAGAUGGAUGAAGAAGAGAAGCGAGAUGUGGAAGGAGAACAGGGGGCGGUGAAGGAGGUAAAGAAGGAGGAGCCGGCUGCCCCCAGGGGCGGAGUCAGGCCGGAUCCGGAGAUGGGCCGACUGGUGAUGACGGUCGACGGUCAACAGAAACAGCUUCCCUUCAGCCCCAGAGACCUGCUGACCGCCGCCACCAUGCUGCACGGAGACAAGGUUCGUUUCAACAUCGCCACCAACCGAGAGACCAAAGAGGAGCGGGCGACCUUCGUUGAAAUCCUCCACGAUUCCUUCGAAGAGUCAACUGAACAGCGUCGACAUGGAAUCGUCAUUGAGUUCUCCAAAGACUCCGGACUCAUCAAGUGCAGCCAGAACCCGCAGCUCUUCUUCUCUAUGUCGGAGGUGAUCGAGAAGAAGAAGUUGGAGCUGAACGAGAAGGUCGACUUCAGCGUCGUCCCGCACGAGACGGCAGAGGGAGGGAGCCAGGCCAUCAGGAUCAAGCGCUUCACCGAGAGCAUUUUCCUCCCAGUUCGGAAACUCGGCGGAGUCGCAGCAACCAAAGGAAAAAUGACCAUAAAGCUGAGCAAAGCUUCAGAAGAGACUGAGAUGGACAAACCAGAGAUGGACAAAAUGAAGGCAGUGGUGAAGAGUCUGAGAGCCAAGGACAGUAAGUCCAGUCUCAGCAGACGAGAUUACGGUGCCACUCGGCGUAGACAUGGUCGCAGCCGGAGUAAAAGUAGGAGCAGGAGCAGGAGUCCAGCCAGAGAUCAGUUUGGACGUAUCAUCAAAAGCAGACGCAGCAGUAGCACUGACCGUGACCAUAAAGUCAGCAGGUACAGGCGAAGCGAUGAGAGGUCGCGCAGGCGCAGCAGGAGUCGCAGUAAGAGCUGCAGCAGAAGCCGAAGCAAGAGCUCCAGCAGGAGUCGAAGCAGGAGCAGGGACAGGAACAAGGAUGUGGCCUCCAGGAAGAGAAGCAAGACCAGCAGAGACCAUGAAGAAAGUCACAAGAGGAGGAGGGAACCGAGCCCCCCUCCUCCCAGACGUGGAGUCGUAGAUGACGAGCUGGCGAGGAAGAAGCGGGAGCUGGAGGAGCUGAACGAGAUGAUUGCCUACAAAAAGUCACUGGUUGACCCCAGAGGCCUGGACCCUGGACAAAGUACCUGCAUAGACUACGACCAUGGCCGGAUCGCUAUGCCGCUCGCUGAGUACAAACCAGUCCGGUCCAUCCUGAAGAAACGACCCGAAAGACCCGAGUACCACCAUCGUCCUCGUCCACCCUAUGAUGAUCCUUAUUAUGAUCGAGCAUACAGUCCUUACCAAGAUCAGCGGUACAUGUAUGGUGAUCCGUACACCAGCCGCCCCGGCGCUGAUCGCCCUUACGCUGACCGUGCUUAUGAAAGUCAGACUUAUGGUGACCCUCCCUACGGUGGUCCUCCAACUGCCAGCCAACGUUACACUGAUCGCUACGAUGUUUACGAUGAACCCACUGAGGAUCGCUACUAUGACCCAGCACACGGGGACCGGCCUUACAAUGAUCCCUAUCACCCUGUCAAAGAGAGCCAGUCUCCAGAACCCCAUGGGACAGCACUUUCUGCACAGUCAGCUGCCUCCACCCAACCCUCCUUGACUCAUUCUGUCAUCACUUCGUCUUCCCAACCCCCUUUCAGACCUCUUUCUCCCACAGAACCGCCUCCUAGAAGCCCAUCUCCCAGACUGAAGACAACACCACGUCAGUCACCUCUAGCUGAGAAACCACCCCUGCACCGUUUCCUUGACAUGCUUAGCAAAAAGGUGGAUGCUGAAAAGAAAUCAGAGCCGGUUCUUGUCAAUGAUGACCUACUGCCUCAUGAGCGGGCACUUCGAGAUGGUGGGGGGUUCUCUCGGAUUGUGGGAUUGGCUCAAGUGCAACCCAGCAGCAGUGGAGCUCCAGAAGAGGAGAGGAAACAACUAAUCCCUAAACGGUCCUCAGCAGAGAGAAUAAGCGAGGAACGAAACUGCAAGACAGAACCCUACGACAAGAUCCAGAGUCUACUCCGUACAAUUGGCCUGAAGCUGAGUACAGGAGACAUGUCCAAACUGGCGAGCCGAGCUCAGGAGAAAAUGUACAGCCCAAAGUGCUCAUCUACAGAAAGAGAGACUUUGUCAUCCGCAAGAGAAGAACUGCGAACAUGUAGAACAGGCUCUAUUGAAUCGGAUCACUUUCAUACCCCUUCCCCGGUCAGGUCCCCCAGUGUGGAGCCGCUCAGCAGACAUAAAGCUGUGUCAGAGUAUGAAGAAUUCCUGGACCAGCAGGAGUUGGAGGCACUAAAGAAGGCACAACAGCUACACAUUCUUACCAAGACAAUGGGGACUACCCCCUCAACUACUUCCCCGAAACCACCCCCUGGGCCCCCGCCUGCUCAGUACCAACGUCCACCUGUGCCUGUCAACUGGCCCCUUGGCGUCACCGCCCACUAUCCUCCGGAACAGAGCUCCACAACCCCCGACACGGGAACUCCAACAGCUGGUCAACCACCCCAGAGAUUUGGCUUUCCUCCGGGCCCUCCACCUGGUCCUCCUCCCGGACCUCCACCACGGCGCCCUUCUGCACAACCUCUUUUCACUCCACCCUCCAGUCAUGCAGUCUUUCCUUUCAUUGGCCAGCCCCCUAAAGCUCAAUCUCCUGACUCCUAUCCUCUGCAGCCUUUAGCCACUGCCACCGCAACACAGAUUCCACUAUCAUCAACACCAGUAACAUUGAGUCCUGCUAGUGACGGCCAGUCUUCCAUCUCUACGACAGUGGCCAGAUGCCUGAAGGUCAUAGAGACAGUUAAAUCUCUCAAACCAGCUAAAUCAGUCCAGUUCAGUUUACCCACAGAGUCGCCAUCAUCCUCCAGUCCUCAGGCCUCAGCAGAGACGGACGAGGGUGUCAAGGCAAAGCAGAAGGAGAAGUUGGAUUUGUAUAACCAGAGGGUUUUGGAGAAAAGGGAGCAGCAGUUCCAGGAGAUGCUAGCCCGCAAGAAAGAGAGGAACAAGGACGGCACGCUGGUCUCCCCAGGCAAACCGAUGUGCAGCGAGCCCAGGAAUGUCUGGAUUUGUGGUCAUUCGCUGGUGUACUGGGCCGAGUCCCGAGCCAAAUGUCCGGAGGUAGGUAUGCAGCUGGGCAUGGACCUCAGCAAGGUGGCCAUCUGGUGGAAGGGCACGCAGGGCAUGACAUGGUCCCAGCUCCUGCCCCAGCUCCACCAGUUAAAGGUCACUUGGCCCAACCCGGACGUCCUCAUCAUGCACCUCGGCGGCAACGACCUGAGUACUGACAGCCCCACCGACCUGCUGGCGUCCGUCAAGAAGGACCUGACCUCCAUGAGGAGUAUCUUCCCACAGUGCAUCCUCGUGUGGUCUAACAUCCUCCCUCGGAGAGCGUGGCGCCACUCGGCCGACAGCCACGAAGUCGAUCUGGUCCGAACCACUGUGAAUCGCAGGAUCCAGAACAUCAUCUCAGAGCUCGGCGGUACUUCGCUCACACACGACAACAUUCGGUGCGGUGCGAACACAGGCCUUUACCGAAAUGACGGCGUCCACCUGUCCCCCAAAGGCAUCGACGUCUUCAAUCUCAACCUUCAAGAUUUCCUGGAGAAGUGGGAGAUGGAGGUGAACAAGGCCUCUGAGAACAGUUAAGAUCGUAUCAGUUAUUUUGUCGUUUUUAUGUUUUAUUUCUAAUGAUAGCUAGAAAGAUGCAUUGAUUCAAGUUACUGCAAAGAACGUUCACAUUCUUAAAACAUGGUCACAUGUUUGUAGUUUUAUCUUUAGCUAGUUGUGUAGGACCUAAACGCUCACUGUUGAUCCUUGUUUGUCUUACUCCAAACAAUAAACUCAAUCAGCUGA